CUGAGAUUCUGGAGGCAACAAUCUGAAAAACAAGGUUCAUCAUGGCAAUCCUGAGAAGUCUGAUUCUUCUUUUCAUUGUGUUCUCCACUGGGAAUGCAGAUGUUAAUUUGGCAGAAAAAUGCGCUUAUGGAUGGACAAAUUUUGGAGUCCGAUGCUACAAGUUCUUCCCUCAGACGGUUAACAUGAUCACAGCAGAGAGAAACUGCCAAAAUCUUGACUCAAAUCUCGCAUCUGUGCACAAUAAAAUGGAAAACGAUUUUCUGCUGAGUCUGUUGCCUUCUUCUUCCAUGCGCUCUUGGAUUGGUGCUCAUGAUGCUAUACAAGAUGGACAGUGGGUGUGGAGUGAUGGAACUCCAUAUGACUACACUAACUGGUGCUCUAAUGAACCUAAUGGCGGUGAUUCCGAGAACUUUGUGGAGAUUAACUGGACCUCUAACCAGUGCUGGAACGAUGCAUCCUAUUCGACUUCAAUGGGCUAUGUUUGUGCUAAAGACCUGUGAGAUCAUAUGCAGUCACCUGCUCCACAGUAACUUUGAUUGUACUACAUUUACAUUUUCUGAUCUUAUCUUUACAAAAAAAAAUUUUUUAUUUCAGUUAUUCUGAAAUUAAGCUUAAUUUAAAUUUCUUCUAAACUUUAAUCUCUUCUCAGUACCUUCUCUGAAACAAUCUUACAAUCAAAUAAAUAAAAAUAAAUUAAUAAAAGCACAUUUAAAGCAAAUUCUGUGUGUUGUAGAGUUAAAUUCAUGUACAAAAAUAAGUAUAUUUCAUAGUAAGGUUGGCUAUCCACCUUUAUCCUGAGCCCCAUUAUCCUUUGAGCAAAUUAUGGGGGAACAAAUUUUGUAUUAACCUGCUUUAGAAACAUUUAGAUAAACAUGACUGAUAGGGUUAAGAAGUGAAAAGGGGACACAAUAACAUUUAAAAGCAUGUGAAAACAAACCUGGAGCAUUACAGUAAAAUAUUCAUGGCAUACAUCAUGAAAUAAA